AUCACAUUCAGCCACCCGUUACUUGACAGGCUGAUUAUCGCCACAACGCUUCAUAUUUCAGGCCUUGUCGAUUUUGGAGUCACUCUAUAACCAGUUGAUUUAUCAGGAGGAAGCGGCCUAUUUGCUGAGUCGGUGCCAUGCCCGUCGUCAAAGGAGGCGUUUGGACCAAUAUCGAGGAUGAAGUACUUCGUGCAGCAGUAUCGAAGUAUGGACUUAACCAGUGGGCCCGUGUCUCGUCGCUUCUUGCGCGCAAGACUCCGAAACAGUGCAAAGCGCGAUGGGUAGAAUGGCUAGAUCCGGGUAUUCGCAAGAUCGAGUGGUCGCGAGAGGAGGAUGAAAAAUUGCUGCAUCUUGCCAAGUUAAUGCCAACGCAAUGGCGCACGAUCGCACCAAUUGUUGGGAGAACCGCAACGCAAUGCUUGGAACGAUACCAAAAACUGCUGGAUGAAGCCGAAGCUCGUGAAAAUGAUGAACUGGGACUGGGUGGUCCUGGAGGUGAGGCGCAGGCGCCUAGUGCAGACGAUGUUAGGCGAUUAAGACCAGGUGAACUUGACCCGGACCCGGAGUCUAAACCUGCUCGCCCCGAUACCAUAGAUCUGGAUGAAGAUGAAAAGGAAAUGCUCAGUGAAGCUCGUGCGCGUUUGGCGAAUACUCAGGGUAAAAAGGCUAAGAGAAAGGCUCGAGAACGACAACUAGAAGAGUCCCGCAGACUUGCCGUGCUACAAAAGCGUCGAGAACUCAAAAAUGCUGGGAUUAACAUUAAGGUUGUCACCACCAAGAAGGGUCAGAUGGAUUACAAUGCCGAUAUUCCCUUCGAGAAAGCACCAGCACCCGGCUUCUACGAUACCAUUGAAGAGCAGUCUAGAAAUGAGAGACAGCGUGAGAUGUUCGAUCCUCGGAAGCAACAACUUGCAAACAAGCGCAAAGGCGAUCAGGAUGAAGAAACAGAGCGCAAGAAACAGAAAGGCGACAAGGGACAGUCUACAUCCGCAGCAGCGGCCAAGGCUGGUCGAAUGCAGAAGAUCCGAGAAGCUGAGCAGUUGAGCAAACGCCGCGCUCUUAAUCUCCCGGCACCUCAAGUUAGCGAGAAUGAGCUUGAUGAUAUUAUCAAGAUGGGUUUGGCAGGGGAUAAAGCCACGAAGAUUGCAGGUGACGAAGAUGGCCCCCGAGGAUUAAUUGGAAAUUACUCUGCUAUGGUUGGAGGCACACCCAUCCGUACACCAAGGGCCCCUCCACAAGAAGACCACAUUGCCAACGAAAUCCGCAAUAUUAGAGCAUUGACAGAAACACAAUCGUCCCUUUUGGGUGGUGAGAACACACCGCUCCAUGAAGGCGGAAGCUCCACUGGUUUCGAUGGAAUCGCGCCUCGCCGACAGGAGAUUGUAACGCCGAACCCUAUGGCAACGCCAUUCCGCCAGGGAGCAAAUGGGAUUGGUGCCACGCCUAUGCGAGGCGGUGUUGGUCCUGGAGCAACUCCCUUGCGAACACCAAGAGAUAAUUUCUCUCUCAAUAAUGAAGUUGAUGGAGGGCAAAUUAUCGGCAGCACUCCACGCGAAGUUAAAAUGCGCGAAAAUUUCAUACGGCAACAGCUUCGCGGAAAACUUGCCUCGCUUCCAAAACCAAAAGAGACCGAAUGGGAACUUGAGGAACUUCCAUCAGAAACCCAGGAGCCAACGGAAGGUGGUUAUGCGCCGGAGGAAGACGCUGAAGAGCGUGAUCGCCGGGAGGAGUUGAUUCGCAAGAAACAAGCUGAAGCCGAGUUUAAACGUCAAACGCAGGUCUAUCAGCGAUCCUUGCCACGGCCUAGUGUCCUUGACAUUAGUGCGCUUCUGGAGCGAGCCUCACAUAUCACGGACCCUAUCGAAGGCCUGAUUGCGCGAGAAGCUGCUGUUCUCAUUGCUCAUGACGCUAGAAAGCAUCCCUCAGCAGGCGCUAAGAUUCAAGGCAAGGCACCGAAAUUCGAAAAAAUUGACGACAAAUGGCUUGAAUCCGCACGCCAGGAAAUUUUAAACGAGGUUGCUUCCGAAGAGCUCAAGUCACAGUGGCAGACCGAUUUCGAUGCGUCUUGGACCUCGGCGCAUGAGUCCUCCCUUCCUGGUCUUAAUAUUUACGACGAGGAGAGCGACGUUUUCAAACAAGAGCAAACUAUGAUUAGCGCAUUUGACAACGUCCAGAACUCACUCAUGGCCACCGCAGAACAAGGCAAUAAACUGGAAAAGAAGCUUGCAUUACAUUUUGGCGGAUAUCAAGCCCGCGCGAAGACGCUUCGAGGCAAGAUUGUAGAAGCAGCAUCAGCUCUUGAGAAGGCCAAUUUCGAUCUCGAUACCUUCCGCACACUGCAAAUCGGCGAGGAAGCAGCCCUGCGCGAUAGACUCGAGAGUUUGCGUGAUGAAGUCUCUUUGGUCACCCGCAGGGAGCGCGAAGCUCAGGAGUUAUACAAAGCUCGGAAGGAGGAACUCGAAGAGCUUGCUGCAGGCGCGGUGAACGGUUGGCACUAAGGCUUUGAUCAUCGCUUUAUAUUAUUAAAAUUUACUCUUUUGGCCUAUGUUUGUACAGUAUCUAAUUCUCUCUAGACUGCAUCCGGGAGCCCAGCUGCAAAUUAAGGAAGCUUAGUAGAUUCGACGAUUUUGUCGUCUUUCGAGCAAAUUAUUAAUCAAUUGAAUUUG